AAUAUUUAUAUAAAUAAUUUAAGGUGAGUGCGGCCAAAACCGUCCGCGGGUCAAUACCGGCUAAGUAAGAUCGCGGCCAAACUAACAUAUUUAUGCUAAUUCUAGCCCGGUCAAUAAAUCAGCACUGUUUUAUUUGUUCGAACUGUGUUCGACAGAUGGCGUUAUACCGUCCGCUUUUGGAGUAAUCUUUGUUGAAAGUUUAGUCGUUUCUAGAACUCGAUGCACGAGUGUGAAAUGGUAACGAAAAAAUUUAGAUUAAAUAGUGAAUUUAACUAUUAAAGAGUUUAGGUGAUGUCAAAACGCAUUGUUAAAGGUAAGUACUUAUGUUAUACUCUGUUGCUUUUAAUUAAAACUCACUUGUUUUUGAGUUAUUCAAAGGAAAAAAUGUAUAACCUAAAAAAUGGAUAGUGGGAAAAAUCGUACAAAAUUAACGGGGCAAAAUCGUUAUAUGGCGAUUCUGCCCCUUAUCAGACGUCGUCAAUAUUUUUGAUCUACUAUUAUUAUUUUUUUUCAAGACAUUCAGUAUUACGGUAUUAUUCAUGUAUACAGAUAUCAUAUCUUUUUUUUUCUUAUUUCAUAACAAGUGUUUUUUUCUACAGAUCAAUAUGGUGCGAAAUUAUAAAAGAAAAACAGAUAGGGGAUCGUACAAGAAAGAAGACUUACAAGCAGCAGUACAUGCUGUUAGAAAUGGCUCAUUAACUGGGUACAAAGCUGCUCAAAUUUAUAACAUUCCAAGGACCACAAUAAUGGACCACGUCCACAGAAAAAGGCUCUCUAAUACUCUUGGAAAAAGACCUACGUUAUCACCGGACAUAGAGAAUAACAUAGCAAGUUGUCUCCAUAUUAUGGAAAAAUAUGGCUUUGGCCUGACCAGGGCUGAAAUUUCCGAUUUGGUGGCGGAAUAUGUCACCAAAAACAAUAUACAAACUUGUUUCAAAAAUGGAAAGCCAGGAAAGGAUUGGAUAGCUGGUUUUCGAGAAAGAAAUAAUCUGUCAAUUAAAAAACCACAGCCUGUGGAAUACGCGCGUAAAGUAGCAGCUGAUCCUUUCGUGUUGAGCGAGUAUUACGAAUUGUUAAAUAAAACAAUUAAAACUUUAGGUUUACAAGAUAAACCAGGAGCUAUUUGGAAUGUGGAUGAAACCAACUUUUCCAAGGAUCCCCUUAAAUCGAAAAUCGUUGGUGUCAAAGGUCAUGCUGCUACAAGGACGAUAUCUACACCAGGUAAAGACAAUACCACAGUUUUACUAGGAGCUAGCGCUGCAGGGGACAAAAUCCCACCCUUAAUCAUCUUUAAAGGCAAAUAUGUCUGGGACGAAUGGACUUCGCCAAAUGCAUAUCCUAGGACCACUUAUGCUGCCACCAAAAAUGGAUGGAUGGAGAGUGACGUUUUCGAAGCUUUUUUUAAAAAAUCUUUUUUACCGAGUAUAGGCGUUGAGCGCCCCGUAUUGUUAAUUUAUGAUGGCCACGCAACCCACGUUGGUUUGAACAUUAUUGAAGCGGCAAGGGAUGCAAAUGUUACCAUCUUAAAACUUCCGCCCCAUACAAGCCAUAUACUCCAACCAUUAGACAUUUCAGUCAUGAAGUCCUUCAAAGAUCGUUGGGAUAAAGUUCUUGUGAAGUGGCAGAGAUUAAAUAUAGGCGUACAAUUGCCAAAAAAAGAGUUUUCACGUAUUAUUGGAGAAGUAUGGGCCGGCAUAGAGCCACAAAUACUUAUGAAUGGUUUUCGUAAAGCCGGGAUAUACCCUUUUAAUCCUACAGCAGUUGAUAAAUCAAAGUUAGAUCCUAUGAAAUUGGCCCGAUUUCAAGAACAGAGUUCUGCGUUAGCACCAAAAAAAUAUGAACCACAAAACUUAAUAUCAAUAGUAUUGACAUUGAUGAACAAAAACAUUACACAAACUCCUAAUAGGCGGCUUGAAAUUGUACAGGAAUGUAAUUCUAUAAGCACUACCAAUACCAAGGAACAAGCUGCGAUAAAAAAGCCAAACAUCCCAUUUGAAGAGUUAUUACUGGAAAAAAUUAAGCGUAGUGACACCUCAACAAAAGUAAAGCGAAGUAGAGUUGCAACAGGUGCAGAGGUUAUCACUCACGAUGAUGUGUUAACAUUGAAAAGAGAAAAGCAAAUAAAAGAAAACAUUAAAUUAGAAAAGAAUAAAAAACAUAUAUCUAACAAUGUGUGCUUGUUAACUCAACUAUCAAAAAAUAGUGCUGAAAGGCAACCAUUUUCGGGGAAACAAAAUCUGCCUGCCUGUUUACAAAAUCAAACGCCUGAUGCCCGUAAAAUAAUAGUUACAUCAAACAUCGUGCUUAAAAAAGCUGGAGCAGUUGAUUACUCUUCGACAAAACCUGGCCCAUCAGGCAUCCACAAAAAAAAGACAAGGACAAAUAAAUAUGCAGCAUCUUUCAUGAUUAAGGGUAAAGACAAUAGUAAGAAGAAAAGUGGCAAAGAGAACAGCAAACUAUAUUAUAGAAAUAAACCUACAAAGAGUUAUGAAACAGAAUCUACCAGUUCAACGACCAGUGUAUCUGGAAUUAUGAGUUGUCACAGCGACUCCGAUAUAUUGAAUUUCGAAUCAGAUGAUGAUCUAAAUGAUAUUGAUGGACUUUCAUUGGCAGAUAACGAAAACAGAAAAAGUGAAGAAGAAAACACUGAAAAAGAAAAUACUGAAAUAGAAAGAACUCAUACUGUAAACACUAACAAUGAUCACGAUGCUAUUGAACCUCCAACCGAUAAAAAUGAGAAUGUAAAGGUGGGUGAAAUUUCUUCAGGAAACUAUACAGUGAAAGACUAUGUUUUAGUCCGUUACUAUGGGAAGAAAUGGAUUUAUUAUGUAGGAGUAAUAGAAUCUAUAGAUGCUUGUGACAAAACAAACAUAAUCUAUUCAAUUAAGUUUUUCAAAACGGUAAAAAAACCAAAGCUUCUCUUCAAAUUUCCUAAAAAAAAUGAUCGUGAUGAAGUAACAAUUCUGUCGAUAGUAAAAAAAGUGGAAUUAUUUCAAGAUGCGGACAACAACAAUGAAUACUUCCUAAGUAAUUUAGAUGACGCAGUGUACUUUCUUUAGUAACGUCAUAUUUCAAGUCGAAAAUGUUACAUAUUAUACAACAUUUAAUUCAAGUAAAAACCUUAUUUUUGAUUGUUAUUUGUUAACUUGUUUUAAAACUGUGAACUGUUUAUUGCGGAUAUCAUUUAUAAGUAGUCUACAAUUUGUUGAGUUUAGGUAUUAAUGGUAUUAAAAAUACCUGUCGACAGACUUUUUAGUAGUAUAGUACAUAAAAAUACAUUACACUGAUUAUAUUAUAUAAGUUAGAAGUAUAUCCUUUAAUUCUGUUUUUUUUUCGUACCAAAUAUUACAACUGAAAGACUGAUUACUGAAUACUAAGUACGUAAUAUUUGAACAUUUACUGUUUGAGAUAUAUGUAAACAUAAUAUAAGUGUCACGGCCAAUUUAUAAGUUACAGAUAUUUUUAUGAACAAGUCCUACUUUUGAAAUUUAAAUACAAUAACUUUACUAUGUUUUUGAGACUGAAGUUUUUUCACAUUUCUUAGAGUUAUAUUUGUGUUUUGUUUAUCUUUAAUUUCAAUCAUAGUUGCAAAAAUAUAUAAUAUAAUAACUUUACAGCUGUGAUUCAUCUUCUGAUACAGUUUCAUACUUUAUUUUAAGCAAAAAAUUUUUUGAAACCUGAAUAAUCGCAAUAAAAAGUUUUGUAUUUCAAUGUGUAAGUCACAUUAAGAACUGAUCAUAUGUUCAAUGAUCAAGUGAUCAAACCGUUUUCUUCCAUGAUAUGAUUAUAACGACGCAGAAUACUAAAAAAUAUAUCAUUUAAUUCUGUUUUUUUUUUCGUACCAAAUAUUACAACUGAAAGACUGAUUACUGAAUACUAAGUACGUAAUAUUUGAACAUUUAUUGUUUGAGAUAUAUGUAAAGAUAAUAUAAGUGUUGAUUUCUGCAAGAGUUGUUUUAUUUUGAUUGCCUUGUGUAAAAUGGCAAUGAAAUUAUUCAUAUAAAAAAUCUUAAAAAAGGUUGUUUACUUCUGAUGGUAGGAAUAUGACGGAUUAGCCCCAAAAAAAUAAUUUGGCUUGUAAAAGUCGAUUUAACUAUUAUUUCUAGAACUGUAAGGCAGAAACUCGCUUGGCAUUCGCAUGUGACUGUCAAGCAUGGGUUUAUUUUUAAAAUAACCAUUUAUAAAUGACAGAAAUUGAUGCUGGACGAUUUAGCCCCAAGUCAGCGGGGAAAACCGUCUAUCGACAUAUUUUUUUAAAACGUAAUUUAACUAAGUAAGAGGCAUAUUUAUAGUAUUAAUAUAGAACAAUCCAAAUAGUCAAUAAAAUUCUAAAUCGAUUACGUUAAUCAAAUCUGAAAUAUCUAGAUAAGAACACAAGUUACGGUCUGUCAAAA